AUGGGCUUGAGUAGAGAGUCCAGUACCCCGUCGCUUGUGGGAGUGUCUGUGAGAAGUAUCAAUGACUCCAACAAUCCGGAUUUCUGCGAUGACAAGUCCCGUAGCGUGUCAGAAGUUCGGUCUUCGUCGCAAUUGUUGGAGAAAAUCCAUUCCUCUACACAGCUGAACAAGCUGCAAGGUCCCUACACCACCGUGGAUGAGCUAAACCGCGAAGGCGCCUUGCUGACAGACGACAACAGUGUUGAUCUGGACAACGUGGUGCACGGCAAGCUGGGCGACGAGGAAAAUCUCCAAAAAAGCGUGCUCAAGAAAAAGAAGAAGAGACAGCAAGGAGGCCAUUCAGGCAAUACAGCUACUGCGUCGUCGUCAUCUGGAUCGCUAACAUCGCCGUCCCAGACACGCAGCUCGUCCCUCGUGACCUCCACCGAUCCACUCCACAAUUCCAGCGCCAUGCUUCACAACGCCAAUGUCAGCUCAACCAGCAACAGCAACACCGAUGACAAAAUCCGUAACUCUUACGGGGAGUUCAUCACGAAUAGGUCGCACCGUCCACAUUUAGCCGGCGGAGUGUCGUACCAAAGUGCGAACGGCUACGAAAGCGAAGAAACGCCACGCGAACGUUCCGGACGAUCCGCUCGCAAAGAAGAAGCCUCUAGAGGCUUUCUGAGAUCAUUAUCCCGUUCUUUGAGUCGCGAUCCAAUGAGGUCUUCAGUGGUAGCUGACCACGAACUGACAUCACGUGGCGCUCCAGAUUUCGAAGGUGCUGGGUCUCACGUGAUCGAGGAAGAAAUCGAAGAUGAACAAGAUCAAGGAGCCCUAUUGAAUGAUGAAGGUGAUGAACAAUACAUUCCAGAGCUUCAGCAGGCUGCCAGUAAAGAGGAGAGUAAAGCACCUGUGAACUUGUAG